CAUAAUUUCCUUCCCUGAAACCCCAAAAACAUCACUCAUCUUUUGAAAGGAUUUGCAUUAGAGAGAGAGACAUGAGAAAGGAAGCAACAAUCCAAGCAAAGGUUGGAGUUGGGAUUGAAGCUUUUUGGAAUGCUUUGUCCAAGGAUUUAAUUUCUGUUGUUCCAAAAGCUAUUCCAAAUUUCGUGACAGAUAUAGAAGUGAUCGAAGGAGAUGGUGGCCCUGGUACUGUUUUUAUCUUUAAUUUUGGCUCCGGUAUAACACACAUGAGUUACCAGAAGGAAAAGAUUGUGGACUUUGACGAGUCCCUGCAUCAAAUAGGACUGGAAGUAAUAGAAGGAGGUUACCUGAAUCUUGGAUUUUCUUCCUACAAAACCAUUUUCCAGCUGACGGCGGGCGGAGAGUCGGAGACUAUAGUUGAUGCCAAGAUGGUGUACGAGACAGAAGCUGAAGAAACUGAUCCUAUGCCACUGCAGACUACCAAGUCAACUCUCACUUUCAUCAAAUGCCUCGAAGACUAUCUGCUAAACCAAGGUUCCUAGAUUUUGGUUUUUACUUAAUUACUUUUUCUUAAUUAUGUGAGCUCAAAAUGUUGUGUAAUGAGCUUUGUCAUCAUAUUUUCUGUUUUCUGUAUCAAUAAGUUGGUAUGAGUGAUAUAGCUGCAACAACAUCUACUUAACGAUAUAUCAUCACACAAGUUCCUUGCAAUAUAUCAUUUCACCAACCGCCUAUUUUUA